CGGGAAAAGAGGAGCCCGGGAGAGGCCCCGCCUCCUGGCCCGCUGCAGUCCCAGCCUCGGCCUCCACGCCGUCGCCAUGCCAGCCUUCGGCUCCGAGCUGCAGCGCCCGCCCUCGCCGCCCGCCGCGCAGGAGCGGGGCGCCGAGCCCCACGGGGAGCUGCAGUACCUGGGGCAGGUGGAGCACAUCCUGCGCUGCGGCUUCCGAAAGGAUGACCGCACGGGCACCGGCACCCUGUCGGUGUUCGGCCUGCAGGCACGCUACAACCUGAGAGAUGAAUUUCCUCUGCUGACAACCAAACGUGUUUUCUGGAAGGGUGUUUUGGAGGAGUUGCUGUGGUUUAUCAAGGGAUCCACAAAUGCUAACGAACUGUCUUCCAAGGGAGUGAAAAUCUGGGAUGCCAAUGGGUCCCGAGACGUCUUGGACAGCCUGGGAUUCUCCACCAGAGAAGAAGGGGAUUUAGGUCCAGUUUAUGGCUUUCAGUGGAGGCAUUUUGGGGCAGAAUACAAAGAUAUGGAUUCAGAUUAUUCAGGUCAAGGAGUAGACCAACUGCAAAAAGUGAUUAACACAAUCAAAACCAACCCUGACGACAGAAGAAUCAUCCUGUGUGCUUGGAAUCCAAAAGAUCUUCCUCUCAUGGCUCUACCUCCGUGCCAUGCGCUUUGCCAGUUCUACGUGGUGAACGGUGAGCUGUCCUGCCAGCUGUACCAGAGGUCGGGAGACAUGGGCCUGGGUGUGCCCUUCAACAUUGCCAGCUACGCCCUGCUCACCUACAUGAUCGCACACAUCACGGGCCUGAAGCCAGGUGACUUUGUACAUACUUUGGGAGAUGCACAUAUUUACCUGAAUCACGUUGACCCACUGAAAAUGCAGCUUCAGCGAGAACCGAGGCCUUUCCCAAAGCUCAAAAUCCUUCGAAAAGUUGAGAAAAUUGAUGACUUCAAGGCUGAAGACUUUCAGCUUGAAGGGUACAAUCCACACCCGACUAUUAAAAUGGAAAUGGCUGUUUAGAGUGCUUUUAAAGGAGUUGUUUGAAGGACAUUGUCAGUCUUGAGGGGUUGGACUGGAUGCCCUGGUGAAAGUUCUUUUUGCUCUAACCAUAGAAGGAACUAGGUCAAAAACCUGUCCUUGACCUAUCAGUUAUUAACUUUUAAGGCUGUUGCCACUGGAAAAUCUAACUCUGCUGGUUCUCUUAGUAAUAAAAGGCCUUGAGUUUGGUUAACCCGAGGAUGUAUGAAAAUGCUGAAACUAUG